UCUGGAUACGGGACAACAAAAAAAAAGAAAGCAAACACAAAAAGGAACUCAUGGUCUUUCACUGUGUGACAGUAUUGAGAACUGAAAUGAACUCAAACUGUGAAUGAGUGAACCAGUUUAUGCGCAUGUUUGCAUUGAUUGUAUUCCUGUUUUAAUUAUGAUUGUUUUAUUCUAUCUUGUUGUCCAGACCAUACGCUCGUACCUCCGGCCCAACUGCGAAGUGGCCGGCCACAAGAGAAUGAAGAGCAGUCCGUACAUCCCUCUCAACGCCACGACCUAUGACGAGAUUGAGGUUACCAACCUUGGCUCUAGACAGGCUGCCAUCUGCCUCAAGGGCCAUACAGGACUGUACUAUCAGCCCGGCAUGGACAAAGAGACGGCAGUGACCAUUGGUCAAGCCCCCCAGGAGGAGGAAGAGCAGGAGGAAGAGUCUUCCUUUUUUUCCCGUUUGUCCAAGGAUCUGGUGAAGGGCCAGGUCAAGAAAAAGUCGGAUGUGGCUUCGUCUUUGACCAAGAUGUUCCCGGGACUGGCCACAGAGUUUUCUGGGGAGUCGUCACUAGAGGAAAGCAUGAAAACUACAGCCUUUGUGAAAGAGUGUGGCAAGACCCUGCGGUUUGACCAGGGCGACACUGUGACGAUAAGGCUGGACCCCAUCAAGGUACUACGUGUGUUUGUGUGUGGGUCAUGGAGUUGUCCCUGAAAGUGGCUUAUGUUUUGUAUGUUUUGUUGCAUAUGUUUGUUGCAUAUUUUUGUUGC